GUAAAAUUAAACACGUGCUUAUAAAACAUAAAAAUGGCUUAAAUGAGAUAUGUGAGCACCACUAUUUUUCUUAGCUCUAUGAUUGUGGAGAUGACGAAAAUCCACGUGUCAAUUUGGCACCGUAAUUCUCUAAGUACUGUCAAGGGCCCCACUGCUUAAUUAAGCCAUUUCACCUUUUAAAAUAUUUUCGAAAUAUCUUCCCAUUUUUAAAGAAACUGAAUUCAAUAUGCUUUCUGCUUUCGCAAAGAAACAAAAGUCAAAACCAAAGAGAACAGAAAAAACAAGAAGAAAAAACCAAACUGAUGAACUGGAUUUCUACUUUCCAGCAGACAAAUUUGUCAGACCCGAAAACCUCUCCCCGUUCUCGUUUGUUUGACGAUUCUUCAACUCAAAAUCUCAAUACACCGUGAAUCCAUCCUUUCUUACUCUUACUUGGAUAGAUUCCUAGAAAGAGCUGAAAGAAAAAAAACAGAGAUGGCUGAUUACGAUGAUUUCACGUACGAUGUUAUCGUUGUCGGGGCCGGAGUUAUGGGCAGUUCCACAGCUUACCAAAUAGCCAAACGCGGGCAAAAAGUACUCCUCCUCGAACAAUUCGAUUUCUUGCACCACCGCGGAUCCUCCCACGGCGAAUCAAGAACCACAAGGGUCACUUAUCCAGAGGAUUACUAUCCCAAAAUGGUGUUACAUUCGGAGAAAUUAUGGCAAGAAGCUGAAUCCGAAGUUGGGUACAAGGUGUAUUUCAAGACACCCCAAUUCGAUAUGGGUCCGAAGGACAGCAAAUCUCUCCAGGCUGUCAUCUCCAGCUGCAGGAAAAACUCUAUUCCGUUCCGAAUUCUCGACCACGAUGACGAAGUCAAAGGGUUUUGCGGUAAGUUUCAUUUAGGUGAUCAUGAAGAUUGGAUCGGUGUUGUGAAUGAACACGGUGGUGUGAUUAAGCCCACCAAAGCUGUUUCCAUGUUUCAAACACUUGCUUUCAAACAUGGUGCCCGGAUGAAGGACAACACAGAAGUUUCAGAUAUCAAAAGGGAUGAUUCCAAUAAUGGAAUUGUAGUAAUCACAAAAGAGAAACAGAGAUUUUGGUGCAGUAAAUGUGUUGUUACGGCCGGUGCUUGGAUGCAGAAAUUGGUUCAAAAGGUUUCAGAUCUGACUCUGCCAAUUCAACCCCUUCAAACUGCAGUUCACUAUUGGAAGAUUAAAGAAGGCUAUGAAGAUGAUUUCAAGAUUGAAAAUGGUUUCCCAACUUUUGCUAGCUAUGGAGAGCCGUACAUCUACGGCACCCCAUCUUUGGAGUUUCCGGGAUUGAUCAAAGUCGCUGUGCACGGCGGCAAUCCAUGUGACCCGGAUAAGAGAACAUGGACUAAUGGCGGCGGCGGCGCCGCCUCUGUUCCAUUGAAUUCGCUCAGGGAAUGGGUCAGAAGCAAAUUUGGUGACGUCGUUGACGCCGUUAACGGGCCUGUGAUGGCUCAAUCUUGCAUGUAUUCAAUGACCCCGGAUGAGGAUUUGAUCAUUGAUUUCUUGGGUGCAGAAUUUGGGAAUGAUGUGGUGGUUGCUGGUGGUUUUUCAGGACAUGGUUUCAAAAUGGCUCCGAUUAUUGGGAAAGUAUUGUCUCAACUUGCGAUUGACGGGCAGCUGUUGGAGGACAUCAACAGUAUCGUGGAGUUGAAAUACUUCAGAAUACAGAGGUUUGAAGAGAAUCCUAAAGGCAAUUUGAAGGAGUUUGAAGAUCAAGUAGGCAGGUGAAAAAGUCUCUGUGGUUGGCGAAUGGCGAUUGUAUUUUUUGUGUUCUUUUCUUAGCAAAAAAAUUGAACAAUAUUGAACCAUUUUGUUUAGUAUUCAUAUUCCAUUCAAUCACUUGAUAUGUCUUAUGUUCUGGUUAUUUGUAAUGUAAUUGAUUGUCACAUUUGCAUCAUAACAUCUCCCGGUGUGAUUAAAUUCCAAGGGCAUCAUCCAUCCUUUUAAGUUUUUCUACCUGUGUAUCUAUUGCUACAAAUUCACAUUUUGUAAUGGAAGUAGAUUCUCUCAAUGGAUCAAUAUUUCAGUACAAA